GUUGUUAUAAAAAUCAUUCUCAGCUUAAGCUUGUGAACAAAAAACAUUCUCACCAUUUACAUCAAUCUGAUUCCUUCGCUUUCCUUUUUAUAUCAAAUAACAAUCAAUGGUUAAAUACAAAAAGUGUCUAUUAAUUUAAUUGUAGUCUUCACUAUUCAACCUAAUCGUUCUGGUUUCAGGAGCUCCAAAAAUUUAACCAUAAUCAUCAGAUAACAAAACAACAUUGCAUCUGUUCUUUCUUUCCUAAUUUCAUUUUUUCAUUUUCUUUCAAGUAUUUUUUCUUCCUUCUCUCCUUUUCCUUUGUCCUGACCCGUUUUUUUCGGUAUUUUCUGAUUGUUUCAAGUAGCUUCUUGCCUUUUGAUAUUGUGAUUAUAUAAUUUAAUCUUCAUUAGGUAACUAUCACUUACACCAACCGAUUUACCAUGCAUUAAGACACCAGGAGAAAACCAUAAUUGAUUUCUUUCUGUGUUUUAUAUCUUAUUCCCAUUGUUGUGAUAUUUACCUUAUUCUUGAUACAUCUUAAUGAAUAUUUUCUGUCGCCUGUCUAUCUAUGCCUGAUGAUAUGAUACGAGCUUGAUAUAAUUCAUCUUGAUGGUAAUAACCCAAGGAGCAGAGAAUCAAUGACGAUAAAUUGAUUCUUUACCAAAUCGAAAGUGCCGUGAUAAUUGAUCCCUUUUUGGUUUCUAUUUUUCCACUGUGAACGUAUUUCUAAAUCAUUAUUAAUACCACCAGCAACAACAAUCUAUUUACGUAUUUUGGCUUGCUGUAAUCUCAACUGUUUCAUUUUUUGUCGACUUUUUUCCCUUACGUUUUGUUUACUCAAUUUUUAGAGGCAAGACAUCUAAAGCUAAGAAGAAACAGAAGUGAGAUUCAUGAUCAUUCAAACGUGUGUGAUAGUCAACAUCUUCAACUGUGAUUAAUUUUAUGAUAGAAACAAUCAAACGUGUUAUUGCCUCUUGAAGUCGUGCUUACUUAAGGACAUUUACAUCAAGCUUGUGUUUUCUUUUUUUCACCUAUUCCAUUGUCUCUCAAAGGAAACAUCCCUGUCAGCCUUUUGCAAUUCCCUGUUGAAAAAAAACUAGAAACAUCAUCAACUCCAUUUAACCAGUCAUCAUAACUUUUUCGAUCGAAUCUAUGGCAAAAUUAGUGGUUUUUUGCGAUAGGAAUACGAUUCAGCCACAUCAACUUGAUAAGUUUUAUCUUUGUCAACACCAAUUACCAUUAUUUUCCAGUUUGACUUUAACCAACCAAUUUCUGGUUCACAGUGAUUCAACACCAAUUUCAUUGAUAACUCAACAAGAAAAUCAACAACAAUUACAACCAUUAAUUAGUCUCUCAAUUAGACCUACAAAUAACAACUUCCUAAGCAAUACUUCAAGCAAACACAAUUAUAUAAUUACUAAGUGGAUUAGUAAUCAACCCUAUUCAAUUUCAAUUAGACAAUUUAUAUCCAACAUUGAAACAUUAAAGCUUAAUUACAACUAUAUAUUGCAUCAAUUUAAAUUCUUAAUACUAUGGAAAAUUCAAUUGACGGUGAUACAGAUUGUAGUGAGAAAUGUCCAACAGAUCGGUGUUUACUGUUGGAUAAACGUGAUACUCAACCAAUCAUACCUGAUGAUGAAGGAGAUGAUGGUGAUGAUGAGGACGAUGACGAUGAAGAAGGAGAUGAUGAACAGGGAAAUGGAGAUGAAAAUGAACAAAUUUUCACCGAUUCUCAUCCCCAUCUCAAUAUUUAUCAGCAACCUCGGGAAAUGAAUGGCAAUGGUGACAGUAGCAGCAUCCUUAACAUUGUGAAUGCUUCCAACGGAAACCAUAAUAAUCUUACCAUUAAUAAUCAAGCUAAUAAAGUUAAUAUCAACAUCAAUAAUGGCAACAAUGACUGUAACCCGGAACAACAGGGCAAUAACAGCAGCAACCUUAAUCAAGUCAAUUCAAGUGAAUCGCACAGUCAUUCUGAAAAUGGUUUAAGUGACCUUGCUACUAGAUCGAAAAGGUUUCCCCGAUUCAACCAAGAAAAGAAACUCAGAGAAAGUGACAUCGAUAAAGUGACUAUCAAUAGUAAAUUAAGCAACGCCAAUCAAAAACCAUCAUUUGCUAAGUUUGAUGAAACAUCGUAUCAUAAUGGAGUUGUUAAUGUGAAUAACAACAAUCAUUUACAUCUUAAUCAAAAUAAAAACAGCUGCAAUUGUUAUGGAAAAGGUGACAAUGUAAAUUGUGUCCGUCGAUUGAUCUCAUCAGAUUCUGGUGGCUCAAAUAAAUCAUCAAGUAAAAGUGGUCGUAAAAGUCGAAGUGGAGGUCCACCUCAAGUGGCACCUGAUGGAGGUUGGGGUUGGGUCGUUGUUUUUGCCAGUUUCAUGAUUAGUUUAAUUGCUGACGGUGUUUCUCUGUCCUAUGGUUUCUUUCAAAUGGACCUGACUAAACACUUUGGCCAGAGUAAGGGUAAAACUGCCCUAGUUGGUUCCUUAUUACUUAGUAUGCCUGCUCUUACUGGUCCCAUUGCCUCAGCACUUACUGAUCGUUAUGGUUGUCGAACUAUGACCAUUGUCAGUGGCCUUUUAUCCGCUUCUGGUUUCAUUUUGGGUUCGUUUGCUCGAAAACUGGAACACUUGUUCAUUGCAUUCAGUAUCACUGGUAUUGGAUUGUCACUCUCCUAUGUAACUUCCAUCGUCAUUGUGGCCUACUAUUUCAAUACAAAGCGAUCACUAGCCACAGGAUUAGCUGUUUGUGGAACUGGAAUCGGUACUUUUCUAUUUGCUCCAUUAACCACCUAUCUUUUAAAUGAAUUUUCAUGGCGAGGUACACUUCUCAUAAUGUCCGGAUUUUUUCUUAACAUAAUUGUCUUUGGUGCCUUGAUGAGAGACAUUAAUGUAUCCGAAGUUGACUCUAUCGAUGGCCAGGAAUCAGAUUCAGAUGAAGAUAGUGUCAUUGAACCAUUAAGUAUUCGCAAUUCUGGUUUAAUUCAGCAAAACUGUUGUGGACCUUUUGUAAAUGGAACUUGUAUUGGUGCUAAAGAUGUAACUUGUGAUGGAUCUCGACAUUCAAUCGAUAAAAAUAUUUUUCCUCUCUCUGGUUUGUCAGCAACUAAAUUAGCAGCCACCACAAUACCUUCGAUUGUUGAAGAAAUCCCUUUUUGUGUCAAUAAACUACCAAAUGAUUCAGAUUCAUUUAAAUCUAAGCCUAAUGGAUCAUCAAAUAAACCUCUUUCGUCAAAUUGUAUCAAUUCUCAUUGUAGCUCAAUGUUUCCUGCUGACAAACAGGCAACAUCAACUCUCUUCCAAAACCAACCUGAUCAUCUAUAUGCUCACAAUAAUUGCAACUUUCAUCCCCACCAACACAACAAUUGUAAUUCAACAAACCCUCGUCUCCUUCGAUUUCAAUCAUCUUACUCAUCAUCUACAACUAAAAGUGAUCUAAAAAAUUACUCUUCCCUUGUUAACAUUCCUACCUAUAUAACUCACAACGGUUUGGUAUCUAAAGAUAUUUUGGCCGAGAUAAGUGGUCGAAAAGAUGGUAAUCUUAAUCAACUCUUGCAAAAAUAUCCCAACCUGUUAUCCAUCCUUAAUCAUCGCGAUCAAGAAAAGUCAUUAUUCCUUUCCUCCAGAGCCAUUGGACACGACCCAGAGUCAGAACAAGGUGUAUCCAACCUUAUAACCGAGCCAGAUAAUUUGAAGCCUAAUAAUGUCCCUAAUAAUCUUCCAAUUAGCAACAAUAAGGAAGGAGUUGAUUCCAAGAAGCAUGUCAAAGUUGACAUUGAAACAUGUUUUCCGCGUAACAACACAAAUCGAUUGAAAGUUGUGGGCAUUGGUAAUGCCAAUGUUGUUGGCUUGAAUGGAACACCAGGAACAAGUAAAGACUUAUUAGGAUCAAAGAUGCAAAGAGCAAGUUUAACGUAUCGAACUGCCGUAUUUCGUGAUGUAAGACGUUACCGAUUGCGAUCUUCUAGUGCCCCUGAUAUUUUUCACAACUCCAUGGUGGCCAUAUCAGAGAGAGAAAGUUUCUUUUAUGAUAUUAAACAAGUUCUAAUUGAUUCAGUUGAUCUUUCAAUAUUUAAAAAUAUACGAUUCACUAUCUUUUGCCUCUCCAAUUUACUACUUCACGGAUGCAUUGAUGUGCCCUAUGUCUAUCUUCCGGACCAUGCCAUUUCAUCUGGAAUUUGUGUCAAAGAGAUGGCCUUUUAUCUUAUUUCAGUUCUCGGGAUUGCCAACACUCUUGGAACAAUCAUUGUUGGCUAUAUUGGGGAUAAACCAUGGUUAAGACCAUCAACCUGGUACAGUGGUUUAACUGCUCUUGGAGGCAUUUCAAUGGCUUUGAUUCCACUGGCUCGUAAUUACUAUCUUCUUGCCGUAUUGGCCGCUUUUUAUGGGUUUUCCGUUAGUGCUAACUACACUUUGGUUUCCGUAAUUUUGGUUGACAUAAUUUCACUGGACAAAUUUACCAAUGCCUAUGGAUUGAUGUUACUGGUCCAGGGAAUCGCCUCCAUGCUGGGUCCUCCGAUUGCAGGCUGGUUGUUUGAUAUUUCUGGUGAUUAUAAUACAACGUUUUAUGUGAUUGGUCUUUGCGUCUUUGCCAGUGGAACCAUUGUUUUCCCAUUGAAUGAAUCUCGAUUUUUACAAGCAUCAGUUUCAUCGCCACCAUCGUCCUCAAGUAAUGGUUCAUCAGUCAUUGAAUCAACUAGCCGUACCUCUAGUCCUGUGGAAGACAAAAUAACAGCUCUAAGCUCAAAUAAGACUUUUUUUGACAAGGAAUCUUUUCCUUAAUUUUUUUUGUUCAAUUUCACACUUUUCUCCUUUUUUGCCUUUACUCUUCACCUUAAACCUUUCAUUUCACCGGUUAUGAUCAUUAUAUCAUAUUAUCAUUAAUAUAAAUUUCAUUAUUUAUCACUUAUUCAACAAU